UUCAAAGCAACAUCUAAACAAACCACGGAUGAUUUUCCUCAUUUUCCUCUGAAAUUUCCGGCGAAGGGCAGUUAAAUCUGUUGUGCUGUGUAUGCGACGACGACGACGGGAAACAACAAAACAAUGGAGAAGACUUUGUCGUGAAAUUGAGAUCGUGUUAUAUGUGAGAAAGAUCUGAUUUACAUCUCAAUCUUCGAUGGAUUUUCUUUGGGAACUGUUCGAAAGAUUUACAGACAUGUAUGAUAAUCGAUUUCGUCUCAGCGAAUAUCUGCUGCACGAUUAUGUAAUGUUUAUGCAUGGCUUCUGGAGAAAAUGGGUCGACUCAGAAGUCCUAUCGUUCAGAAAUGCCCUCUUAUAUUCCUUCAUUUUCAUCUCUGGAUUCUACUUUAGCUUUAAACGGAUGUUUCAAUCGUUAUACAAGAAAGCGAAAUGCCGACAAGCAUCUCUUGUGUCACAAAACAUCCGUAUCAUCUGGUCAACUUGCUUCAUUAUGACACAAAUCAUUUUUUUGGAAAUGUAUCAUUCACAGUUCAUUAGCCCGGAGUUCGAGCGCGAAACGAGACAGCUUUUUCCAAAGUUUAGCAACUCUUUAUUCUUCAAAGUUUGUGACAUGAAAAAGUUUAUGCUUGUGACUCUUAUCCUCUCAUCCUUCUAUAUUCUCGAGGCACUUAUUGACUUAAACGAACGAAAUUUUGCGAAUAGUCUAAGUAAAUUCUUAUUUUCUGCCGUACUUUUGACUUGUUACCGACAACGUCUUGAAAACUACAGUGUCUUGUUAAACAUUUAUGUUGGCUUGUACGGUAUUAUUGUUCAUAUUACACACUUUUUCGCAAUAAAUAUUAGCACUAAGCGACACACGUUCCUGCAAAUAAAUGUGAUAGUAAGACUCCUUGCGUGGAUCUUCAUUUAUCUUAAUAUAUUGCCGUUCGACUUUUUGAUUCCCACGAUCAAUGCGAGCGCGCAAAAGGCCAGUCUUGAAUUGAAUUUGCUCUUUUGGGGAUGGUAUAUAGUUCGUGUUUGGAAUUCGCCCUUCCUAAAGUACUUUUACCACGAAACAUAUCACAUAAAUGGAGAUUGUGUGGGCGAUCAAUCCGUGUACAAGUGUAUCCUAUUGGAGGACACGCCAGAACAGAAAUACCUAAGAACAAUGAAACGAAUUUGUGUGGAAUUGAAAACAAUUCAGAAGCAAAAACUUCUCGAAAAGACCCUUCGAAGUGAAGAGACAUCUUCUGCAAAAACUUUUCAAACAAUAAAGUGCAUAAUGGCACUCAAACGAAAACUAAGACGUAUAAGAGCACGAGACGGAACCUCUAAUGUGUGUACAAGUGAAAAAGUAUCUGAAGAUUCAGAUACAGAAGAUGAUAAUGCAACUAAAACUUAAAAAAAAAAAAAUAAUAAUAAAUUAUUUAUAUUUGACUUUUUUUGAUCUGACAAUUUUAAAGCAAUAAUUUUUAUUGUUAGCUAAGUAGACCAAUUAUCCCUUAGAUAAAAAAGACGAAUUGUCCCGAAAUUCAUUCCAUUUUUCAUGUCCUAUGAUUAUUAUUUAAGAGUUUUGAAUUAUAUUUAAUAUAAAUG